AUGCGGGAGUUGAGGGUGCUGUUGUUGUUGGCAAACUAUUGGAAUAGAAGAACCCUGAUCUUAGGUGAAUAUGUUAAUAUGGUUAAACUUUUUGACCCUGAUCUUAGGUAUGAUGCAGCAAAAGAAAAUACAAUAGCAUCUUAUCCUAUUGAGUACAUUCCAAAUGCCAAAUUGCCAUGUGUUGGUCCUCAUCCAAAGAAUGUUAUACUUUUGGCUUGUGAUGCCUUUGGUGUGCUACCACCUGUUAGUAAGCUAAACCUUGCACAGACCAUGUACCAUUUCAUCAGUGGUUACACUGCUUUGGUAUGUGCUGGCACUGAGGAUGGUAUUAAGGAGCCAACAGUAACUUUCUCAGCUUUUUUUGGUGCUGCUUUCAUAAUGCUACACCCAACAAAGUAUGCUACAAUGCUUGCUGAGAAGAUGGAGAAGCACGGCGCUACCGGCUGGCUUGUUAACACGAGUUGGUCUGGUGGCAGGUAUGGUUAUGGUAGCCGUAUCAAGCUACCCUAUACAAGAAAAAUCAUUGAUGCUAUUCACUCUGGAAGCCUCUUAAAUGCUGAGUACAAAAAGACUGAGAUUUUUGGGUUUGAGAUCCCAACUGAAGUUGAAGGGGUCCCUUCAGAAAUUCUUGAUCCUAUUAACGCUGUUAGUAGUUUGUGUUGGAGGAUUAUUUAUUAUUUUGAUAAGUUUGUAAAUUGA